AUGCGAUGCCAGCCUGUCUUUCUGGCAGUAGUGCUCUUGAUCCGAUGUACGUUGAGCCUGGAAGCGCCGUCGAAUUUGGUGAUUGUCGGAGGUUUUCCAAAAUGCGGCACUUCACACAUCCAUCGCGUUCUGGAAGCACAUCCGAACGUUGCUUCCUUAGCAAAGCAAAUAGGUGCGCUGCCCAAUCUGCAAAAGGAAUUUGAGGAGGCAGUCUUCGUUCUGGCAGAGGCGCUGCGAGUCCCGUCUGGCUUUCCCUUGGCACAAGCUUGUGAUCAGUUUGACCAAAUGAGCACCUUCAAAGAGUGCGGUCGUCUGGCGAGCAUGAUCAGGGGUUGGUACAAUACGUCUAUGCCAGCGACACUGGUCGUCACAGACAUUUUCUUCUUUGAGAAGGAGAUGCUGGCAUCCCGCUGGCCGGGAAAAGUCAAGCUGCUCUUCGUGGUGCGCGAGCCAGCAGAUUUUUUGUGGGCCGCCUACAACUUCUGGGUGUUGGCAGGGGAGCCGAAAAGCAUCCAGGAUGACUGGACCGAGAAGGGGAAACAUGUGCGUAGCCCUGAACAUUUCGACGAGCUGGUAUUGGCAGAUGGCAAGAAUUUUGCUUGGGCGCCCAGGGCCAACAAGAUUACUGGACGUUGGUUCGACCAGAUCAAGAGUGUGAAUAAUGUCACCACGAACCUCCUGUUCUUGAAGUCUGAGGAUUUCACUGACGAUUUGGAGGGAAUCUUAGCGAAGAUGGGCUCGUUCUUUGGAGUGCAAGCUUCGCUUUUCCCCACCAAGGUGGCACACAGCCACACCAACUCGCAAGCGGUCCUCAGGGAACGGGGAUCGCAUCAAUUCACCUCGAAGGACGUGCAGCCAGGGCUGUAUCAGAUAUCUGGGUGGAGGCCGAUGCUAUGCGGCACAAGGCGCUUCAUCUAUUCCAGGACACGGGAUGUUUGUGAACAGUUGGAUUCCUUCGGCGUUCACUACGGCGCCUGCCUGGGAGAGCAUGACGACUGCGUGGACCCCUUACCUGGCGCACGGGCGACUCCUCCCCCGUGGAUGAAACGCUAUGGAAGCUUUACAGGUUUGGGAAGCUUUGGAGCCUCGUCCAUUGGCAAAAGAAGAUCUGCGGCUGCUGCGUCGUUUGCAAGAAAACCCCUGACAACGACGAUGUCUACGUCUACGUCUUCUGAAGAACCGCCUUCCACAUCGGACGCGCCCGCGAAUGUAGAGUCGGCGGUGCAGAUGCCAUCUUCGACUCUCUUGGGCUCUGCAGAUGUAAUGGCAAUACCCGUUUUCGUGCUGGGCCUGACCUGCGGACUGGUCAUCAGCCGUCUGGUGAGAAGCCAUUGA